AUGUCACAAAGACUUAAUACAAAAUCAUUUAUUAUCAUUUUGGUUCUAUUGUUUAAUAUCUUUUCGAUUUACAAAUUUAAUCAAAAAAUUAAUCAAUCAGAUACUACUACUACUACUACUGUUACAACAACUACAUCAUCAAGUACCGAGAACAACUUACUUAAAAUGGAAUCCAAAUCAUAUGACUUUAAGAAUCAAGAUGGACAAUCAGACACUUUGUACUAUUUAGAAUACAAACCACCUAGACCAUCCCAAGACUACCGAUAUCCCGUCUUUAUCUUUCUUCAUGGUGCUAGUAAAUCUGGUAAAGGAUUAGAGGACCUAAAUACAAAGCUUAGAACUGCGGUCAUUCCAAAGUAUAUUGAAGGUGGACAAUGGGGAUCAUUACCAUUCCUAGUGAUCUGUCCUCAAUCUAGUGAUGGGUGGACAUCUACCAACAUUGUAAAUGUGUUGGGUGCCAUCAAAACUACCUAUAAAGAUAUUAUAGAUGACACAAGAAUCUAUCUAACCGGUCAAUCCAUGGGAGGAGGUGGUAUCUGGAGAUGGGCACUUGCAUCAAAGGAAAUCGAUGAUAUUGCUGCUUUAAUUGUUAUUUGUGGUGCUGCUUGUAAGUGUUCGACGCCACAACAACAAUCCUAUUUCUUUUUUGAUACUAACUAUUAUAAUUUGUAUUAUAUUUUCGUAGCACCACCAUACAAGAUUGAUUCAAAUGAAAUGGUUUCAAGUAAUAUACCAGUUUGGGCAUUUAAUAAUGAGAAUGAUUCGACAGUAUCAGCUCAAACCUCUCAGAGAUGGGUAGACAUCAAUAAUCAGAUGGGAAUUUCACCACCUAGCAAAAUAACCAUAUUCAAAGGAGUCACUGGACAUGAUGCUUGGACACAAGCUUUCAACCCAAUCAAACAAGAUAAUCCAACCUAUGUAUAUGAUUGGUUAUUAUCAUUUACCAAUAUUAGAAAACAUAAUAGAACAGAAUAA